UUAUCAGAAAAUGACAAAAACAUCUAGCUUCUCAGAGUAAAUUCACAGUAUUUGCUCAAAGUCCCAUGUUCCAAUACUUUUCUCUGAAUAUGUGUCAAAAGAACCACAGUAGGGUGAUCAAUACAGAUGAUUCUCACAAAAUACUGAUGAUCACUAUAAGACGAGAUACAAGGUUUCUGCACAACAGUGACGAUGAUCGUAACAAUAUAAUAAAGUGAGAAAAUUAGAGAUUAUCAGUGAAAACAAUGUGAUUACAGAAUCUCAAAAUCCAACUAUUAAAACUAGUAGCAAAUCAAGCUAAUUUACGAAAUUAACAUGUUUCUUAAUCAAUCUAUAAAAAUUGCACAAUAGCACUGGGCAACAUAGAGACAUAAAACACUAGUCAGCGUAGAUGUUCACAGAAGGAAUCGGGGUUUUCUGUUGUAAACCAGCAUUAAGAAUUAAACACAAAAAAUGGAGUUCCAGUUAUAAACAUGUUUAAAACAUCAGCUUGGUGCAGGUUGGAUGAAAACUGGAAAAGUGUCUGCAUGAAAUAAAAUCUAUGUCCACAGUCAUUGCUGAUUUGGAUAUUAGAUAACUUUGUCAUUUUUAAAUGAAAUUUGGUGCAUUUUAUUAUAACCGUAUUAGAAUUUAGAUCUAUGUGACUUAAUUUGGUCCUAUCUAUAUGAUUAGAUUGUACUUUUUUGAAAUGGUCAUACAUUUCAGAGCAUGAAUUAGACCCGUUUGAUUUGUAAAGUGCAUUGAGACAUUUGUUGGAACUUGGCUCUAUAUAAUGUCCAAGUUACCGCACCCUGUUGGCGGUCAGACGCCUCGGAGCCCCCGAAAUGCUCCUUUCAAGGCUAUCUGACGGUUUCUCUCUCUUGAUACAAAAUUGGAAGAAACGAGGCUGGGUGUAAGGAUAAAGUAUUACUUAAUAAUAACAUGACUGGAUAUCGUAUUUUAAACACAAAUUCUUCUCAGGUUAAUUCAAAUACAAAGUUUUACGCUUAUAUGAAGCUGCAAGAUGUAUUUAACGUAUUAUUAUUUCGCCUUUUUUGUUAUGUUAUGGACAACAAAAGCUUUAAAUGAAGCCUAGUUCCUCUAAAUUACUGUAGCAAUUUGAUUUGGAUGAAGACAAAUACUUCCCCAGAACACCUCGUCCAGGCUGUCUGAUGCAAGUUAUUUUCUCUCGGUGUGGUAGGCUGAUGUCCGAUGUUUCAGGCGGCCAGUGAACGCAACGCAGAGAUAGCGCCGCUGCUCCCCCAGUUCUGAUCCAGUUCGUAUCCACCCCGAGGUGUGCUCUCUCUCUCUCUGCCUGCUGAGCUGCACAUGCCGGACGGGCUUUUGACAAGUUUUCAACUGGAACAAGCUUUAGCAGACCCCGGGAACAGGCAGAUAUUGCUUGGAGUUAGUGAUUUUUACAUUGAAUUGGAUGAAACAGUAUUCCAGUAUUUUUCCUGCUCAGAAGAGCGACAGUAACUGACAGAAACCGCCGCCUGUCCGCCUUGUUGUCCCGGUGGAGCCUCUUUUUUUGUUUAGGGUGAACCGAAACUCGCUGUGAAUGCGAGCGGUGGCGCGCUUUUCCCCAGCUCGGAGAGUUUUAGGAGAAUAUGUUCAGACACUUUGUGCCUGGCGUGUUUGGACUGUGCGGGGUUAAGCUGUGAUGAGGAGGGAAUUAAACAGCGGUGAAGCGCCAGACAGAGACAGCGAAAGCUAAAAGCUCAUCAUCCCAGCAGCCGACGGCGGUCAGCGACCAUAGUCCGGAGCAGAAAACCAAGCUCUGCAUCCCUUCUGACCCCCCCCCCCCCCACACUCCUCCUUCCCCUCGUCAUCAUCUCUCUUGCCUCUACAUGUGAUACCUUCUGUCUCAUUUGUCUUUUUCUUUCCUGAUCUAGCCCUUCACAUCCUCUCCCUCCCUCUUCUACUUGUCCCUCCCUCUCCACUCCUCUGGCAGGCUGCUCAUUGCAGUGAGUCAGUAUCAUGGAGGCAGGCAGCGGGGCUGCCGCAGCGGUGGGGAGUGCAGCACUUGGACUACUGGGAGCUACAGCCACAUCCAGCCAUGACAUCUUGGACAGGAGCCUGAGGCCAGGGCGUCACAUAGAGGACGAUAACAUCGUGCCUGAACUUGCUCACAUACAUCCUAGAGAGAGACCUGACUGGGAGGAGACCAUCAGUGCCAUGGCACGAAGCGCUGAGAUUCCUGAGCUUAGGGCAGAGCCCCUCAUACGUUCCUGCAGCAGCAGUACAGCCAGCAUGAAGGUCAAAAAUGUCAAAAAACUUUCCUUCACCAAGGGUCAUUUCCCGAAACUGGCUGAAUGUGCCCACUUCCACUACGAAAACGUUGAUUUUGGCACAAUCCAGUUGUCACUCGGAGAUGAGCAGUGUGAAGUGACACGAAAUGGUUUUGAAUCUAAAGAGCUGGUGUAUUUGGUUCAUAUUUACUGCCAGUGUCGAAGCUGGAUUGUGAAGCGCAGCUAUGAGGAUUUCCGUGUUCUGGACAAGCACCUCCAUCUCUGUAUCUACGACCGGCGUUUCUCCCAGCUGCCUGAGCUUCCCCGAUUGGACAGUCUGACAGAUCAGUCGGAGUCGGUUUCCCAGAUGUUAUUGGCUUACCUCUCACGACUCUCAGCUAUUGCUGACAACAAGAUUAACUGUGGCCCUGCCCUCACAUGGAUGGAGGUUGAUAAUAAAGGGAAUCACCUGCUGGUUCAUGAAGAGUCCUCCAUCAACGUUCCUGCGAUCGCUGCUGCUCAUGUCAUUAAGCGCUACAUUGCUCAGGCCUCGGAUGAGCUGUCAUUUGAGGUUGGAGAUAUUGUGUCUGUGAUUGACAUGCCCCCUAAAGAGGACACCACGUGGUGGAGGGGCAAGCAUGGCUUUCAGGUUGGCUUCUUUCCCAGUGAGUGUGUGGAGCUCAUAAAUGAUAAAGUGCCACAAUCCAUGACCAACUCUGUGCCAAAACCAGCCUCCCCCCCCUCUGGCCUGCAACCAGCUUCAUGGAGUCUCUUCCCUCCCUACUUGGAGAUGGAGAGUGUAAUGCCGGACAGUGCAUGGGUGGCCGACCCACUAAACCACUACAACCUAAGUUCAGUAUCUAAGAAGCACGGGAAACUGAUCACCUUCUUGCGCUCCUUCAUGAAGUCCAGGCCCACGAAGCAAAAGCUGAAGCAGCGAGGGAUCCUCCGGGAACGGGUGUUCGGUUGUGAUCUGGGAGAACACCUCCUCAACUCAGGACAUGAUGUGCCCCAAGUCCUCAAGAGCUGCACAGAGUUCAUUGAGAAGCAUGGCGUGGUGGACGGCAUUUACCGCCUCUCUGGGAUUGCUUCAAAUAUCCAGAAAUUGCGCCAUGAGUUUGACUCGGAGCAAAUCCCUGACCUGACCAAAGAUGUUUAUAUCCAGGACAUCCAUUGUGUUGGUUCGCUGUGCAAGCUGUACUUCAGAGAGCUCCCCAAUCCGCUGCUCACCUACCAGCUCUACGAGAAAUUCUCUGAGGCUGUAUCAGCAGCAACAGAUGAAGAGCGACUCAUCAAAAUUCAUGAUGUCAUCCAGCAGCUUCCUCCACCACAUUACAGGACCCUGGAGUUCCUCAUGAGACAUCUCUCCCACCUGGCAGCAUUCAGCUACAUCACUAACAUGCACACAAAAAACCUGGCCAUCGUCUGGGCACCCAACCUGCUAAGGUCAAAGCAGAUUGAAUCUGCCUGCUUCAGUGGCACAGCAGCCUUCAUGGAAGUACGAAUUCAGUCUGUAGUGGUGGAGUUCAUCCUCAACCAUGUUGAUGUGCUCUUCAGCACAAAACUCAGCUCACUGAUAAGAGAGGGCACAGGACACAACUCCUUAUCUCGACCUAAAUCCCUCCUGGUUUCAUCACCUUCCACCAAACUUCUGAGCUUGGAGGAGGCCCAGGCCAGGACGCAGGCUCAGAUCAACUCUCCUGUGACUGAAGACAGCAAGUACAUUGAGGUGGGCGAAGGUCCAGCAGCCCUGCAGGGAAAGUUUCACACUGUCAUCGAGUUUCCCACUGAGAGGAAGAGGCCCCCUAUCAAAUCCAGAAAAUCUCCUGUGGGUAGUUGGCGUUCUUUUUUCAACCUUGGCAAAUCGUCUUCUAUGUCCAAACGUAAGCUGCAACGCAACCCCAGUGAGCCCAGUGAGUUAAAGGCUAUGGCUCUCCCUGGAGGCCGAGGGGACACAGCGACAUUAAGGUCAGCUAAAAGUGAAGAGUCACUGAGUUCACUGCACAAUGUUGAAGGGGAGUCCAAAGUGUACCGUCCUCGACGUCCUCGCUCAAGCAGUGAUGCUCUGUCAGCAUCCUUCAACGGAGAGCUGCUGGACAGCCGGCAGCACUGCGACUCGUACGAUAACCUUGAUGCCACAGAAGACAGUGACGGAGACGACGGGCCCAUAUGUGUGCCUGCUCUGAUCUCACCUCCCCGCUCAGCAGGUGAAGAUGUGGACCUCAGCCCACCAGACAUCGGCAUGGCCUCGUUAGACUUUGACCCAAUGUCCUUCCAGUGCAGCGUCCCAGACACCACCUAUGCCUUUCCCUUAGAUGACUCAUCAACUGGUGCUGAAGGCUCCACGUUAAAGAGGAGCCCCACCAGUUUCCAUGGCAAGAGCAACAGCUCUGACCUCCUUAUUCCUCCUUUCCCAGGCAGCAUGACCUCCCCGCUGUUGUCUGUAGAUCACAGCCUGGCUGCUGCUGCAGAAAAGGCAGAAGGCAAGAAACUGACCACUUCUUACUCUUAUACUGAUAAACCCAUGCAGCCUGUGUCACCUAUUAAAUGUGGAAAGGCCACCAGUCUGACACCAAUUGCAACUUUAGAGCUUUUCUCUCCAGAGAUGUCUGACAAGAAUGGAGCUGGACAGCCUGUCUCUAAGCAGCCAUUAUCUCCUCCUUUAAUGCCCAAGGAUUCGCCUUCCCUAAUGGGCAGCAUGCUGCUUAGAGAGGCCGAGCCAUCACUCAGUGAAGCUUUUCAAAGGGAGCUGCACUCUAAGCUGGCAACCUUUGACAGUUUGGACGGUAAAGAUCUUGGAGUCGAGGAUGCUGUGGAGCAGGAACCAUGUGCCAGCAGCCAGGAGCAUCCAGGAGCCCAAAUUCCAGACUCUUCAAAGGACCUCACCCCUCGUUCCCUCAGCUCUACAGCUCCUACUUCUGCCCCUCCUCCCCCUCCACCCCCUAAAAAUGCUGCCCGCAUGUUGGCCCUAGCUCUGGCUGAGUCCGCCCUGCAGGUAUCUGUUCAGUCUCAGUCCUGCUCCUCUGGGCCUCCCACGCUAGUGUCCUCUAUUCAACCACAGGAGGUCUCAAACUUUCAAGAAAUAUCACCUCCACUAGCUCCACAGUUCCAGACUGCAUCUGAAGAAGGAGAGGGAACAAGUAGUCCCCCACCACCAAACAACACUACUGUUUUCACCAGCUCAUUUGAUCGAACCACUUCCAGCCCAUCAACCAACCUGCAGCCUUCAGAGUUCACCAUCCCCACUACUAAGCCAUCAGAGUGUUUCGGUUCCUCCACAGCCCUGUCUAGAACUCAGCCAGAGACAGACUCCACCCCACCAAACACUCCACUUUAUAAAUGUGCCCAACUUCCCAGUUCAACCAGCCUGACCUCUCCAACUAGGAAAAGUCCUGAAAGACAACAGCCGGUCUCAAGACAGACCCCUGGUCACAGCAGCUCAUCCGGUGCCACUCCAGCCACGACCCCAAGAGCCGGCAGCAAAGAUGAUAGAAUUUUACAGCAAUCUGUUUCUGAGAUCAAACCUGAUGAGUCUGGAUCGCAUCCAGUCCUUCCAAAACUAUCAGAGCAACCUCCUCCAACAGUUCAGAAACCCAUUAAGCAGCCAGUCUCUCUUCCCCAGAACCGGCCACAAACUCUGCUGCAGAAUCAAGUUCAAACACAGCCUCGUCUUCCACCACAGCCUCACUCAGUUUCCCAGACACAAAUCCAUCCACAGGCCCAUCUGUCUAAAGCCAGUGCCAGAAUAGCACCCACCUCAGCUGAACCUGUUGAGAAGCCUUGGGAAGCCAUCAAACCCGUACAGCCCUGUAAAGAGUCAGCCAAACAUAAUGACUCAUAUGGACCCACACCUCCUGUUCCCCCAGUCCGCACCUUGGAGAGCAAACUGGCCACAGCAGCUCUCAGUCAAAGUGAAGCUUCCUGUCAGAUCUUCAAAGAAGGCCCUUCAGCUAGCCACCCAGCAGAAGUCCUUCCCCAUCAUCCUCUUUCUCCUCAUAAAUCAUCGUCACACCAGCCUGCCUACAUUUAUCAUGUUAAAGGGGAGCCAGUCCUCAUUGAAGCUCCCGGAGCAUCAUAUUACCACCAGAGGUCGGUUCCUCUGGGGCCACAGUCCAUUCCUCACCAUUACCGACCAGAAAGCGUCACUCCACAUUCCUACGUGUCCAAGUCUGAACCUCAGAUUACUUACAGCACCCGAGCAGACAACAGAUACAGCACUUUAGGUCCCAGGUCGUACCACCACUCCAUGAAGUUGAGAGGAACCCCCCGAAGUAUGCAUGUGUCUCCAGGGCCAGAGCAUCAGGGUUAUAGCCAUGAUAGAACCCAUGGCUAUCCAACCAUCCGCAGAGUGCACUCGUUCCAUGUUCCUUCCACCAUUCGGUCUGUGCCCAUUCAAAGGACUGAAGUUCCACCAGAAGAUGACAUGUUUUUCUACCAUCGACCCAUUUAUCAGUGCAAAUCCUACCAGCAGCCUCCUCAGCAGUCCUCCCAGACUGACUACCACGUCACCCAGCUGCAGCCUUACUUUGAGAAUGGCCGAGUCCAGUACCGCUACAGCCCAUACUCUGGUUCGGGUCCAUUGGAAUCACCUUUCUAUGACAUAGACCCGUAUGGCACAAUUCGAGUAAGACACUACCACUCUUACGGAAGUCGGGAUGCUGGAGCUGCUGCAGGGCGACCAGGCGGGAAAGCAGCUGGGUACCACUACCUCUCCCGCCACGUUCUUCCACCUGGGAAGGAGCAUAGCUUUGUCAGCAGAGACAUGCCCCCUGGUCAUGGGAGCAAGGAAGCUGCCGUUUUUCUGCCUUGGGACCCAGAGGAGGCAGAAAGGCUUCACAUGCACUCAAUCCGCAGGGAGAGCAGAGCCAGACUUAAGUUGAGAGGCCCUGUCCUCUCACAGUAUGACAAUGUUGGCCUUUUCACACCAGCAGAUAUAUCAGGCUACGAAACCAUGCACCUGCGGAGUAAGUCUGACCCAGGUAAAUCUGUUCUGGUACCUGUGGAGAGCAAAGAUGGACGCUACCUUCCCAGACACAUGGUGUCUGAUCCUGAUGUGCUUGUGUACAUGGAGACCGACAAGCAGGUCCAUGGAAGCGGAGUGGGUGACAAGUCAGAUGUUCUUUCUAAGCAAAGUGUUUCCAAGAAAUGCCAAUCUUCUCACUCCCUUUCUGCCUCUCUGACCCACAAUGUUUCUCACCAGCAAGAGAGUAGCCGACAUGAGCUCAAAUACGAGAGUGGAGAGGACAAGCUCAGUGGAGACAGCAGCAGGUCCAAACACUGGCAGGAGUAUCCAAACAAGAAGACCUUCCAACCACGAUACGAGUGCCCUGAUUCUGAUCACCACCGCAAUAAACCGAAAUCCCCUAGUGGCUACCACAGUACAGACGAGCCGCCUCCUCGGGAACAACAUGCACGUUCUAAACCAGAGCGAUCCCACAGCGUCCGAGAAGAACCGCACUUCAACCAGAACAAACAAGACUUGGACAGGGACUACACCUAUCAGAAACCCAGCACCAAACCUGUGCAGUCUCACUAUGACAACUUGGAUGAUUACCACCCGGUACCUCAGCCUCAGGCCACUGUCCAAAAUCAAGCAGGCUCCAGCUUAUACCCGGCCCCGGGUUUCUCAGUAAACCCCAGCAGCAGGGCCUACUCCACAGCACUGGGCCAGGGAGCCUUCAUCCAGACUGACCUGGCCCUGCAAAGGCCAGAGACAAAAAUUCGCACAGAGUAAAGCAUUUGGGUGGGAAGGAGCAUAUAAGUCUCUCUAACUGUGUAGAAGAAAAAACUGUUGAGGUAUGGGUGAGCAGCCUCUGCAGGACAGCGGACUGCUAAACCCAAAUAUUUUUGCUUUUCUGUAUUUUUAAUGAAUUGUAAAGAAUACUGCAAGUCUUUUUACAGAGUGUACCUGAAAUUAUUAUCCAUGAGGUCACAUUAUUGUGAUUGAUUGAGACUGUAGCCAAUUAUAAAUGUAUAUAAGACAGACGUAUGGUACUUCUAGCAGGAAUUCCAAAAAUGUUAAAUAUAUACUAAAUAUAUAUAUAUAUAUAUAUAUAUAUAGUUAUAUAGAUAUAUAAAUAUAUGUCUACAAAUGAAAUCACCAGUAAAAAGGGAUUUUUAGUUGUAUUUGUUGAGUUUUUUUAGGUGUGGGGCUGGGCAUGAGAAUUAACUGGAAGUAAGGUUUGCAUUUUAAAAAUGCAUGCAAUCUGUCUCCCACAGAUCAGUUCUACGUAGAUCUAUUGUUGUGUUCUGUCUAGAUGUUACAGCACAACCUAAGAAGGAGGGUAAAAUGAGGUCAUCACACCCUCCUGGCACCAACACAAGUCGGUUCUGUGUGUCCAUGUCAGCUUUGACGAGUGGAAGAUUUGACUUGGAGCUACAUCGGAGGGACUUGGGUUGUUGCAGUGGUUAUAAAUGUCUUACUCUCUGUUACUGUGCCAUUUUUUUGGUAACAUUACUAUAAACUGUUUUCAGUGACUUUUAUUGGAAUCUUUCAGUACUUGUACGUGUUUUUGUUGGAAGAGGGACCAAAGACUUGGCACAGUUCUUGCACAUAUGAGAUAAAGAUGGGAAAGUGAAUGAAAACUGUAGCUUCUGGAGUGUAAAAGGGUGUUUUCUUUUUUUAUGGUACUUUCAAGUACUGGACUAAUUGAAUAAAGCUGAAAAAAUGUCUUCUCAUACAACAUGAUGAAAAAUGUUGCCGCUGCUUUGUGGGAAAACCAACUUGUUGAUGAGCCUUAAAUUUAGUUCCUGGAGGUCAGACAUUGUUUACUGAUACCGUCGACUCCAGAAAGGAUUUUCAGCACUAUGGAGCAGGUUUUGUUUUAGGACAUUUAGUUUUCUGUCAUAUUUGUUUUUGGAUUUAAUAUAGUAAGGGAAGGUUUUUCUUUCUACUUUGUUUUUCUUCAAAUAGUGUGUGGGUCUAUUUUUUUUAGGCUAGAGGUAGAUGUAUAGUACAUCCAUCCAUUACUGUAAUACAAGGCCUUCUGGGUCAGCAUAAAGGAUGGAAUACAGUAUAAAUCCAAUACAAAUUUUAAAUCCAGGUGUACUCUGUAACAGUUUAACUUCUAUAUUGCUUGCAGGUUUUGCCCCUCUUGCCUUAUCUAAAGCCUCUACCUUCUCAGAUGAGCUGUUACAGUAAGGCACUGUGUACUUGAAUGUGAAAAACUCAUUUCAAACUGGAGGAGUCUAAAGUACGAUAUUAAAUAAAGGUGUUCAGGAAUUGCCCAGA